AUCAGCGCAUCAGCAAGCAACUCGAGGAGAUUCGGCAGCUGGAGGUAUUGCGAGCCAAGCUCCAGAUGCAGAUCAGCGUGGCACAGAGCCAGGUCAAGCGACUGAGAGACACCAAGCAUUUGGAGGACAUGGACAAGCUACUCAAGUGCAGGGUCCAGGUUCAGGUCGAAAUCGAGGCGCUGCAGGAGCAGACCCGGGCACUGGACAAGCAGAUCCAGGAGUGGGAGAACCAUAUCCUUAUCCAGAGGAAGGAAGUCUCAACUCCUGCUGCUGUCUUGGAUCAGAAGAUGAAGAUACAGAGAAGGAUCAGGAUCCUAGAAGACCAGCUGGACAGGGUCACCUGUCACUUUGACAUCCAGCUGGUGAGGAAUUCGACCCUCCGGGAAGAGCUGAACUUGCUACGCAUUGGGAGGGGCCGAUAUCUGAACAUGGACCGCAAGCUGAAGAAGGAGAUCCACCUGCUUCGGGAGAUGGUGGGAGCUCUCAGCACUUCCUCUACCUCUGCUUACACUGCCAGGGAAGAGGCCAAGACCAAGAUGGGCGUGCUGCGGGAGCGUGCAGUGAAGGAGCUGGCUCAGAGUGAGACAGAGGCCCAGAUCUUGCUGCGACAGAUAUCACAUCUGGAGCAGCUACACCGAUUCCUCAAGCUCAAGAACCAUGACCGACAGCCGGAUCCCGACAUUGUGCAGAAGCAAGAGCAGAGAGCCUUGGAGGUGGCAGAAGGACUCCGAAAGACCUCCCAAGAGAAGCUAGUGCUGCGUUUUGAGGACACUCUGAGCAAAUUGGCUCAGUGGAGGAACGCAACUUUGCUGAGUUUAACUUCAUCAAUGAGCAGAACUCCGAGCUACACCACCUUCACGAAGAGAUUAAAGAGAUGCAGGAAGCCUUAGUCAGUGAGCAUGCCAGUCAGGAUAGCCAGCACCUGCAGCAAGAGCAGCAGUGCAGAGUGUUGCAGCAGGAUGUGGACAAGGUGCGCUCUGAGUCUCAGCAGCUGGAGGUGCGCUUGCUGGCUCUCCGAGCUCAGGUGGAAAAGCUCAAGGCUGAUAUCCAGCUUCUCUUCGACAAGGCUCAGUGUGACAGCAGUGCCAUCAAGGAUCUCCUUGGGGUCCAGGCCUACAUGAGGGAUAGGGACGUGGGCCUCUUCCUGAGUACCAUUGAGAAGCGGCUGGGGGAACUCCUCACAGUGCAGGCUUUCCUUGUGGUCCAGAACCAUGCCCCUUUGGCUGAUGCUGCCCUUCUGGCACUGGGACAGAGCCAAGAUGACCCUCCAAAGAAGACCACUCCACUCCAGCCUCCUGACACACUGGAGGACUCCCCAGGUUUUGUGGUCAAAGAGGACUACCCUAUGAGCAAGGAGGAGCUGCUGAGUCAAGUGAUGAAGGCGAUGGAGGUCAAGAACCUGGAGGAGACCCCAAGGAAGUUGGACAGCAGCCCGAGCUUGGCUUUCUCCACUACUGAGAUCUCCCUGUCAGGCCCCACCCUGGGGAUCCCCAAGAGGACCAGCACAGUCCCUGAAUCCAUUCUGAGCCACAAGACAAGCCGAGGCCGUGGCACUGGCUCCAUAAGCCAUGUCACCUUUGGUGACUCUGGCUCUGCCGCAGGCCCUGGGACGUUGGGUUCUGCCAGUGCCAGCGGACCACUGGCGUCCAGCCGGGGCUCUAUAGUGGGCCGUGGGAGCUUCAAACAUACCAGCUCCAGCAGCUACCUGGGGUCCACUGGCUAUGUGGAGACCAGCCGAGGCCAUGCGAGCACAGGAGGUGGCGUACAGAGCCAAAGCAUUGGAUCAGAGUUGAGUAGAGGCCUUGGCUCCAGCAGUGGCCAGGCAUCCAGUUUUCUCCCUGCCUCCAGGCCCACUUCCUCCACUAGCAAGGACUCAAGGGGCUACAACUAGAGCUGCAGGUGCCUUCCUGCCUCAGCUCUUGGCAGGGGUUCUUAUUUUUGCCUUCCUUUUCCUCAGAGACUCUCCAGUCCCCCUACACCCAGGCCUCUCGAGUUCCCCAUCUCUUCCCAUCUCCUGCUCACUCAUUGUUAGGUCCUCUGUUUCGUCUUUGACUCUCUGUUGUCCAUGUCUCCCAUCUCUACCCUCUUCAUCUCUCUCCUGAGCUUCCCUGCGUCCGAUGUCUCUGUCUCCUAACUGGAUUCCCUUCCAUUGACUAGGUGAACUGUAACCAUAGGCAAUAAAGGUCAGAACCCAGCUUUUCCUUCAACCUGG